AACUACUUUGCUUUAAAUACCUUCCGUUAAUAGAGCUUACCGAUAAUACAAUAUAGGCUUAAGGGUGGUGGGUGCGUUUGGUAGCUUGAAAAGGCCACCUUGUGUUUGGAGAAAAUCGAGGAGGUUGGAGGAGGCAAAGCGUGGGUGGAUCGGAAACAUUUUGUGAAAGGAUCCCCGGCCAAGAGCCCCCUGUUUUGGCAAACACUCCCCCUGACUGAGCCUGCGCGAACCUCUUGCUCCGUCAAACUACACAAAAACGACAAAAGAGCACCGUCGUGUGAUCCUAUCGGCAUGUGUGUGUAUUUUGGUUUAGCUCCACGCGUGUGUACGUGUGCGUCUGUGUGUGCGUGGUGCCUCCAAACGAAAGGGGAAGUCUCACAGGAUAUGAGAUAUCCGAUACGCCUCAUCCGCCAUGUCUUUCUCAAUUGCGCCUCAUUUGCAUAUCCCCAUUCAUAAAAAAAAGCUCUGUUUGAAAACAAGCCCACUUAUUGCCACAAAGCCCACAUCGAGCUAAUGUUCGUCGCUUGAAUGAUUGCUAAAAUGCCUUAAACGCAUGUCUGAUGACAGCUACAUCGUGCGUGUAAAAGCGGUGGUGAUGACGCGGGACGACUCGAGCGGAGGCUGGCUGGCCCAGGACGGGGGUGCACUCAGCAGGGUCGGAGUGUGCCGCCUGCGACCACCUGAACUACCCCCACUGCCACUCUCUGGCAACUCACAGUUCCUUAUCCGGGGCGAGCGGCUAAGAGACAAACAGGUGAUCAUGGACUGUCCGCUGAGGAAGGACUUGGUAUAUACCAUCGCCACACCCACUUUUCACCACUGGAAGGUGGAGGACCGUAGGUGUGGCCUGUCCUUCCAGAGUCCGGCUGAUGCCAGAGCCUUCGACAGGGGCGUGCGGAAGGCCAUCGAGGACCUGGCAGAAGGCUCCACAACGUCCUCCACAGCACUCCAAAAUGAGGGCGAACUGGGCGACGACGAUGUCUUCACCAACGCCACCGACAGCUCAUCCAACUCCUCCUCCCAAAAGCUGGACGGCUGCCUGCCGCCGCUCGAGUCCUCGCCUCUUCCGCAGAGACACAAAUGCAUGCCGGGAUAUCGCCACAACCUUCACGACUCGUACCGGCUAUCGGACCACUACCUUCUGGACCAGCCUUUGUCCCGGCUUCCCCACGUCACCUUCCAGGAGGAUGAGGAAAUUGUCCGAAUCAACCCACGUGAGCGCAGUUGGGAGCGGUCGGGGGACCGCGUCAGCGAACGCUUACAGGGCCGACCGUCAGACCGGUCCUGGCUUACAGGCUACGAGGACUACCGUCACGCCACCAUGCGUGACAAGUUUAUACAGAUGGAUGACACGGAAUCUUAUGUCCACUUCGCCAAGACCGAGGCGCAGAAGCACGACUACACGUACCCGCUGGCGCCGGCCCUGUCGCCAUCAGACUCGGACCCGGCCCUCGGAUCCUUUGCCAGCAAGGGUCGCCACGGCGGAUCCUAUCGCCAGGGCUUCUCCGUGAUCUCCUCGCAGCCUCGGUCUUUCCUGCCCAGCUCCUCCCUGUCAACCAAUGGGGGUAAGAGCCGCAAAGAGGACGGUCUGGAGCGUGCCCACUGCGAGCACUGCGGCGAGGCCUUCUUGGUGGUGGAAAACAGGCGGGGCAGGUGCCAGGAUGCACCAGACCCCGUGCGGGGCUGUAUCCGGCGGGUAAGCUGCAUGUGGCUGGCGGACACCAUGCUCUACCACUGCAUGUCCGACCCAGAAGGGGACUACUCAGAUCCGUGCUCCUGCGACGGCAGCGAGGGCGGGCGGCUGGGUACGCGCUGGCUGGCCCUUCUGGGCCUGUCUCUGGUGGCGCCCUGCCUCUGCCUAUACCCGCCACUGAAUGCCUGCCAUCGGGCGGGCUUGGCGUGCGGUUGCUGCGGGGGACGACACAAGGCCCUCAGCUGAGAAGGCGGGUGAUCAACAAACAGAAUCCAACGUAAGCACAGGGAAGGACGGGAGAACUGCUGAAAACUCCCGGAACUAAAAUAAGCCAAAAACGUCUUGAGAAAACUGGUGCAUUUUCUAAGAGGCCUGGGAAGAUAAGCUCCCCCUAAAGGCAGACACUCGUCUCUCCACGCGGCCAUUUUAGCGCUCCAUUUCCGGGUGAGAGAUAGCACUCUUUUACAGGGGGCCUUUUAUUUUCUGUUUUUGUUUUAUAGCUGAACAUAUACUGUAUGUAACACAUAUGCAGGUACUUUAUACUUUGUACACUGACUUUGGCAUCAGAGAUGUUGGAUUACUUUGUUCCCCCGCGAAUACAAGGACCGUGCUCCCCCGCAAAAUGCUGAAUUAACGAACUAGUUAGCUCACUGGCUGCCAUAGACAGCGAUAGACGUCAAUGGCGCUUUUUCACUGCUAGCCCCUAUCUGUUCAAACAGUCUAUCGCUGUCAAUAGCAAUAAAUGAGUAUUUAAAAAAAAAUGACCCCACCUCUCAAAAGUACAGGAAAAACUUAUUGUUGCUACAAAAGCAAAGCACUACUUUUCCAUUAGACAGGGUUACACCUUGACAACGUCAAGCUCCUCCCCUCACUUCAACAUAGUUCCUUGGCACCAAAGCAAUACUUUUAUAUGAAACAAAAAAAUUGCGUAUAAUUGCGGGGGAACACUGUACUCUUCUCUUGGUUAUAUUCUUUACGUUGCUAUUCCGGUAUCCCUGCUCCAAUUGAGACACUAAACCUCAAACACGAAUCUCCACCCAAUCAAUCAAAACCUCCCAAAGAUUUUUUUCAUCGUAAGGAUUCACCAGCGAAGGGGGAAAAAAAUGUUUUGGCUUCGUUGUUCACUCAUGGUGCCUCCAGUCACACUCGCCAAUUAUUGUUUAUUCUAAUUCCAAAAGGUGCCUGAAAUAUAAUCACCAAAAUCUGGAAACCCUGCCAUUCUCAGAAUGAAGCGUCAAGAGUUUUUUUUUUUCUUUUGCUGCCUUUUGCCUUAACAAUCCGAAGAGAGGAUUUCCCUCACAGAACUUACUUUGAAAUUAUUUUUUUAUACAAAAAACAAAAAACAAAAAAACUGCGACAUACAAUCGCCAAGGCUAGCGGUCACAUUAGCGAAGCAGCUACUCAAAACAACUGACUCAGAAAUCCCAACAACCUGUUUUCAAAUUUUUCAACCACUGACAUAACCAAUUAGCUAAAUACGAUGACGAUUGCUCUUUCUGCGCGUUCAAAAGUUUAGUUUUCAACAACUCUGAAUAAAAUUAGCUUAGCGACACGCUAAAAGCAAUACUGGCGAUGUGCCGUAAGCAACUUGGAUGACAACAUCAACGCUGUAUUGAAAGAUAUCUGAUGUCAGCGUAAUUAUACUGUACCAAUAUGAUAUUGCUCUGUUUAUAUCGUAUGGAUAUUGCAAUAUUUUAUCCCAUCCGUGCUGGAAUCGGUUUGACGUAAAUGUAUAUUUGUUUCAAUGUCAGUUCAACACAUUUUUGGCGUUGAAACGGACUAAGGUGUUCUUUUUGUUUUGUUUUUUUCCGACUCAACUAAAAUCCAGGAAGUAAAGCUCCCGUCCUGAUUGUGGUGCCAAGGAAAUGUCACUUACUGUAGUUGAAGUCCAGAAUGGCUGAGGAUGUCCUUUUUCCUCGCGUCUGUCUUGCACGUCCUGUGUUUCUGCGUCCUUGGUGUGUUUUAUACCUCCGGACGCUGCAUCUGCAGGGAUCAAAAAGCAUCCCAUUUGUGGCGUCACACAUCGGGGCGAGAGACAAUCAGGUUGGAAAAUGUGCGUUUUUUGUUGUUGUUUUGUUUUGUUUGUUUCUCUCCGUCCAGUCUCGUGUGCCCUUUCAGAGCCAAUUUACAAGUGCCUGAACGCAUCGUCUUUUCUGUCUCGUAUUUAAGUUGAGAAAUUAUUCAAAGAAAAAUGACUCCCUGUAUUUGAAUUAGACCUUUUUGUUUUUUACGCUUAGUAUUUUUACCUCUGUAAAAACGAAAAUAAAAAUACAUAAGAGCAAAAUUGAUAUAUAUCAAGUGUAUGUUGUACAUUUUUAUUUGUAUUAUUAUUUUUUUUUUUAAAUAACUGUUUCUAACUAACGUACGAUGGAUGUAGCUCGCUUUUGAGAAGGAACAGGAAGUACUUUGUAGAUAACAACUGUGUCUGCGUGCGUGUUGGGAGGAGGGUUUGUGAGGGUGGUCGGUUCUGUGAGAAAAACUGAAGUGAAAUGUGUGUCUUUGCCUUCCACCGCCAAUAAAAGGAAAGAAAAUGUUGAAAGCACAUCCUAGCCUGUCUGCUGAUUGCCACUAGGAAGCUAGACACUUCCUCUUUAUGAUGAUGUACAUAAAGGAGAAAAAAAGUUUUGGAGACUGUGCCAC